CUCUCUUCAAGGCCUCACAGAAUCCUAUGAGCCUUGCAGCAUGAGGGGAACAUGAUAUUGCAUCUAGUCCAACACAAGGACAAAGAAAACCAACCAUUAUCUUUCUCUUUCUCUUAGACUCUAGCUAAGCACCUGCAAGGAUCUAACAAGAGAGUCCACAUCCAAAGACUGGAAAGCUUCCAGUCAUGGAACAAAAGGGCCCCCCUUUCAGAAGCCAACCUCUUAAGGUCCCACCAUGGCCUCUCGGAGUUUCAAAGGGAUCCAUGAUAAGCUAGCCCCGAGUGACCAGACCCCUCAUUAUUGCACUUAUUGGUUUCUGGUUUCGACCCUCUGCAAAUUCCCAAUUCAUUUCUAAGAGGUUCAAGAAAGAAUGAAGGUGAGAUGCUUCAAUGUGCAUGGUAUCUUCAAUUGGGUUCAUUGGAAAUUUCGUCAGAAUAUGGAUCGCGGUGUCGUCGAGGAUACAAAAGGAGAGCCUGAGGGAGAUAAGGAGCAGUUAUUAUCAGAGGAGAGGAGCUUAGUAGAAGUCCUCAAUGGGUGGCACCAUGGCAUACUAACUAUCGGCACUUUUGGCCUCGAUCCUGUGAACCAGUUGGAGCCAGAGUUUGAGCCACAAGACCCAAACUCCGAACUUGGAGAUGUUAUAGUUGUCGAACCAAGUGAAGGAAUUGCAGAGGUGUUGGAUUUGAACAGUAAGAUUGUUAUGAAGGGAGAGGCUGAGGACACUUUUGAAGCCGAGAAGUCUAUGGGGUCCCCUGAAACUGAAAUUGUAGGCCUGGAGAGAGAAGAUGGGCAGGCAAAGGUAAAGGAGGGGAGAGAGAGGACGACCUUAGCUGAUCUGUUCUCUUGGGAUGACCAGGUAAGAGGUGGUGGACAAGGGAGUAAGGAGGAGAGUGCAGGAGAGGUGCAUACUGGUAAGAAGAAAGGGGGUAGUCGUGCUAAGCAUGGCUUGUCGUUUGCUAAGAAGCUCAUCAAGUGGAAGGGAGAGGAAUCCGGUCGAUGCACUAAAUUACACAAACUCAUUUCAAGGGCACUCAAGAAGAAAAUACAUCCUGAGCUUGAGACCUGCGUGGAAGUUAGAGAGAUGAAGAUUUCUUCGAAUGAGGCAAACAUGGCGAUGCAUGAGAAUGGCUUAGAUGAUGAAAGCAAUGAGGCUAAGUCCUUGCUCAAUGGCGACCCCCAUUAUGAGGUCCAGUCGCUCUACGCAUCUGUGCCCUCUGUCAUGGUCAUGGCAUAAUGAUCAAUGCUAGUUUCAUGUUAGCUAGCAGAUGAAGUACUAGGAUUAUGAUAUCAGUAAUCAAUAAUUUAGCCUCUCUCUCUCUCUUUCUCUCUCUAUCUCUCUUUGUGUGGGUUUGCAGAUGUGUUAUUCCUAGCUUGUUUCAUUCUUGUAGGAUUUUUGCAUUUCAUGACAGUUUGUAGGAAAGAUGAUAAUAUUGAUUUUGGUGUGUUGUGUGUUUAA